AUUUGAUCCCUUUAAUUUUGGUUAAUCACGCAGCCAAUCAAAAGUCGUCGCGAGGAGCAAUGCAGCGAACGACUAUAGCCGUUUAAACAUUUUUUAUUAAAUUUAGACUGAUAGAAUAUUGUUCACUUCAUUGGUUUAUCUUAAUGUUACAGUUGUGUUGUACUUGAGCAGCAGACUGCUUGGUAGCUUCUCCCUCCGACUGACGGAAUAGUUAGCAUGCUAGCCUGUUAGUCGCCUAGCUUGACUGUCUCUACAAUCCAACUCUUCUUUGUCUCCUCUCUUCGAGCAAGUUAGCCACAACCAUUUUUUUCCUACUUGUGCUUGCUGACACUGGUGUACGACCCCCUUUUAAAAAUCACCUGGCAAGAUUUAACUACACCAAAAUAGGCGGCUUUGGAACCAAGAUGUCCAACCGAGUGGUGUGCAGAGAAGCAAGUCACGCCGGGAGCUGGUACUCCGCUUCGGGGUCCCAGCUGAAUGCACAACUAGAAGGCUGGCUGUCACAAGCACAGUCCACAAUCAAACCCGCUAGAGCCAUCAUAGCUCCGCAUGCAGGGUAUACCUACUGUGGUGCUUGUGCCGCACAUGCCUACAAGCAGGUGGACCCCUCUGUUACUCGUAGGGUGUUCAUCUUGGGACCCUCUCACCAUGUGCCCCUCUCCCGCUGUGCCCUGUCACCAGCAGACGUCUAUAGAACACCUCUCUAUGACUUGCGAAUCGACCAGAAGGUUUAUGCCGACCUUUGGAAAACAGGGUUGUUUGAGCGGAUGAGCAUGCAGACGGACGAAGACGAGCACAGCAUCGAAAUGCACUUACCUUACACUGCGAAAGCCAUGGAAAGCCACAAAGAUGAGUUCAGUAUCGUUCCCGUGCUUGUGGGCGCUCUGAGCGAGUCCAAAGAACAAGAGUACGGGAAGCUGCUUAGCAAAUACCUGGCUGACCCUUCCAACCUUUUCAUCAUCUCAUCGGACUUCUGCCACUGGGGUCAGCGAUUCCGUUACACGUACUACGAUGAAGCGCAGGGGGAGAUCUAUAGGUCAAUUGAGCAUCUUGAUAAAACGGGAAUGGGCAUUAUAGAGCAGCUGGAUCCCAUGUCUUUCACCAACUACUUGAAAAAGUACCGCAACACUAUCUGUGGCCGUCACCCCAUUGGAGUGCUACUAAAUGCUGUAGCUGAGCUGAGGAAGAACGGUUUAGACAUGAACUUCACUUUUCUGAACUACGCUCAGUCAAGUGAGUGCAGGAACUGGCAGGACAGCUCCGUGAGUUACGCCGCAGGGGCCCUCAUCGUUCAUUGAGGUCAACGAUCGCAGGGGUCACUGCAAAGACACAGCCCUGCCCUUUUAUUAUCUAUCGCCAUAACCUGACCUAACCCCUGCCCCCUCUCACCUUACUCCCCCAAUCAACGCCUACUAUUUGCAGGAAGGACCUAAACACGCCGAGCCAAUAGUCCCCUCCUCCCUUGUUUCGUCCCCAGCUCGCUUGCUUUUUUUUCACCCUCCUCACAAUUUGCUGUUCUCUCAGCACUGAAGGGGGAAUCAUUUGAGUUUUAAGUGCAGUUUUAAAAUAAUAGGUCCUUGAAAAAGUUCAGAGAAGCUGGGAUGGGUAAGGAAUAUUAUGGUAUAAUUGUGGAAGAUUUGAGCUCUUUGGAUUCUUUGUCUCUUUAUGAUCUCCUUAUGGAUUUGAGUUGUGAUACACAAUCUGCAUCGGGACAGGCGGCUGCCUGUGCUCGUGUAAUCUUCCAGGAAUGAAAAUAAAUCUGCACAUUUUCAUGGAAACCAAUACUGAAAUGUCAGAUGAAGGUGGAAUAACUCCAACCAUAAAAGCAGUUUCCUAGAUAUUGACUACCAUUGUGCUUAACAUACAAUGUGUUGGAGUUUUUAACAAAAGGGCUGCAUUCAGAUCGACCCAUAAACUAUACUUUACAAAACCAAGAACAGGUAUAGCUCACAUAAUAUCUUUAUUCAUAUUUCGUAAAACUUCUGUAUCUCUUUAAAAGUUUUAGUGGGUGUGGUAUUAUUUACUAAAUACUAUGUAGAUUUUUAGUCAUCAAUAUCAUUUAGCCAGUAACUUAGUGGCACAACUUUGCUGUAUCAAUAUUAAUUCCCACAAUCAGACUUCAUGGUUUGUUACCAAUGUAAAAGGAAACUUUAAAGAUUUAUUUUUUAAAUUGUCGGAACUAUUAUUAUAAUAGUUGAAUAGCAAGAAUCUGCAUUUGUUUUUCUGUUUUAGUCAGAAAUGUCUAAUGUUAAAGAUUAUUGAAUGUUUUGUAAAGAUUUGACCUCAGUAUUGGUAGCAAAGAGUUAGGGGAAUUUAUGAGCUGAACAAAGCCAUUUUGAAUUUUCAUCGGCUUUGACAAUAUCUGCUUAAAAAUGUGCACCAUUAUGAUGGUUUUAAGUGCAUAAAACGCGAGCAGUAAGUGAACUUUGAUGGUAGCGUGGACUAAUGGCAAUAUACAGUAUGUUUGUUUGAGGAUUAUUACUUUCUGCAGGGGCUCCCACUCGUACAUGAUGCAGUCCUCAGCGCAAUAAGAGUGGUAUAUAGGUAGAAACUGUGGCCACAGACUGAAAGCUGAUUCACCAGACACUUGACUUCUGGUGUUUUGUUUCAAACCAGUAAAAAAUGACACACUGUGUUACUGUGCCUUUUUAUCACUGUUGCACAAACACAUAUAAAGCAUAUUCUCAUUUGUAGUCUUAUUUAGAACAUUUUGUGUAAUCUUCCCUCUUUUUGUCUACCUGAUGCCCACAGUGUGUUGGUGACCUUUCCCCCCAUCUGUUGGUCUCAAGUGGUGCCAACUUUUAUCUGCUUUGUCCAGCAGAGGGCGAUGGUUGCCUUUUUCCCCACCUCAUCUCAUUCCUGUAGAGACAAAGCCUGAACCUCAACACUGUUGUUUUGCUUUUUAUUGAUUUGUAUUUGUCUUUUAGAAAUGUUGGUGGGGGGAGGAGGGUAUUUUUUUUUUCUUGCUCGGAGGAUGAAAAACGUACACAUAUUAAACAGAAAUAUACUACAUACAUACUCCUAAAUGGAGUUUUUUGAUCUCAGGUUCCACUGAAAAGCAUUGCAAGAAGGUCUUCAGAUGAGGAUUUAUGUUACAAAGCAAGUAAAGUGUACUGAAAAGCAGGUGUCUUGUCUUUUGUUUGCAAUCAGGCAGGCGUAUACUUGCUUGGUGUUGCAUUGGGACAUUUAAAUUCAACUCACACCAACAACAUGGUUUAACUUAACAACUUUAAAUCAUGUUAUGCUGACUUUUUAAAAUUAACAUGUGGAUGAUCUUUGCCAUGGUGACCAGCCUGGACACCUAAUGUUUGUUACAAUUAAAAGCUAUAUGUGCAAUUUUUUUUUUAUAAUGAACAUGCAGCCAAUGUUUAGUAUACAUUAAUAAUAUACCUCUGCUUGAUGGUUAGGAUACCAGGAAAUAAAAUAAAAAAAUCUCACUCUUACUGUUGCUUAGAUUUUUGCAGUGCAACCUCACAUUAAAUUUAAAGUGACAUUUUGGUUAGGAACAACAGUUUACAAGGUGACUAACAGGAGGAGUCAAUGUUAACUGUGUUGGAGUCCUGCAUCAGUUUCUCAGUAUUUAUCCAUCAAUCUAUCUUCUACUUAUCCAGCACAAUCAUCAUGUCAUUUCUUAAUCCUUUUCUACAUCUUAUCGAGUUAAAGGUCAUUAGUAAACUGGAGCCAAUCCCAGCUGACUUAAUCAGAAUGAAACACCCCUUGCAAAAUAAACGACAAUGAAACAACAAAAAAUGUGAACAAUAAGAUAUAACAAAAUUAGACUAUGUAAGAAUAGCAACAUAAUAUUACCAUGACCAACUUUUAUUUACAAUACAUACAGAAAAAAAAAAUAGUUAAAAAUACCCAAACAAAAGCAAAAAAAAUACUAUUACCUCUGAUUCUAAUGCAGGGGUCUCCAAACUUUCCACUGAGGGCCGCACACUGAAAAAUCAAAACAAGCGGGGGCCAUUUUGAUAUUUUUUUAUUUUAAAAACCCAAUACAAUAUAUGUAUAAAAAAUAUACAUUUAGGCCUCCACUCAGGCUUGAUCCCAGGGACCCCAAAGGGUUUUGUUAAAAAAAAAAAAAAAAAAUGUGUCAUUAUUCAGUAUUAAAAAAAACAUGUUUUUUAAUGGAAAAAACACAAAAUAUGCAAUAUUUUCACCCAAUAACAUUUUUAAGUGAAAUAUUUCAGAUUAUAUAAUAAUUGGAGCCUUAAAAAGGUCAAUAACUCAUAACACCAUUGAUUUUAAUU